AGCUGAGAGAAACGGCGUUUGGCGGGAAAAUCGGCGUUUGGCGGGAAAAUCACGGUCAGUGUCGUCUGAGCUGAGAGAAACGGCGGGAAAAUGGCUCUGUUUUGGCGGGACCUGUUGCUGUUCUUCCUGGCAGCAUUGAGUGUGCAGGCGAGUCCACUGGGCAAGUUUGGGGACCAGGGCGUCGAGGUUUUCUACAGGCGUGAGAAUCCGGAUUCCGUUCCGGCUAAGCGGUGGGGAGGCGCGUGUCUCGGCUGCCCUCCGGACCCCAUCCUCAUCUCCGGAAGGGCUUCUCUCGACGACGUUCCGGAAAAUCUACACAACGAGAAUCCGGAUUCCGGACCACAGAAAGUUCCGGAUUCUAAACCACAAGAAGUUCCGGAUUCCGGAAUGUCAAAGAUUCUGGAUUCCGGACGGGUGGAAAAUCCUGAUUCCGGAAAGACAGAGGCUCUGGAUUCCGGACCACGGAAAGUUCAGGAUUCCGGAAUGUCUGAGAUUCCGGAAUCCGGACGGAUGGAGAAUCCGGAGAAGCGGUGGGGAGGGGAGUGCCUCGGCUGCCCGCCCGAUCCCAUCAUCCUCCUGGGCAAGAGAUCAGCGUAGGAGGGCUCACCAUCAUCAUCAUCCGGAUACGACACGGACCGUUUCUUGAACUCUGACCCGGAAGCACAAACUCCAGCUGACCCGCGAAUAUGGAGGGCAGACAGACGACAGUUGUCUUUAUAAUGUAAACGCACGACCUUUACACGGGGUUUUAGAUAGAACUUUAACCUUAAACCCUUGCCCAAGCCUUCAGAAAACUGCACAAAACUAUACGGUUAUAAAUUCCAUUAAAAUGUUCAUAUG